AUGCUAUUUUGUUUGUGUUUACGCUUUACGGAUAUACCAAGAUGACAAUUUUUUCUUCCGGAGUAGUGCGCUAUUCGCUGUUGAAGCUCUUGUGUGAAUGUUUUUUUUUCUUGGAGAAUAUAGACACACGCGGUCACUGCAGAUUAUUGGCACAGUGAGGUCGCACUUGCAGACGUAACGUUAUUGGAAGAGGAAACUUAUUGCAACGCGAUACAUAAUUACUUUCGUCGUCCGCUGAGAAUUAUUUAAAAAGAUUAUUACCUAAAAUCAACGUAUUCUACGCGAAUAGUAUAAUAUAAGCUUCUAACACUCAGCCGCACGUGUGUCUUCUUGCUUUUCAAAAAAAGAGGGUUAUACUUUCAGAACAAUUCUGACUGAUAAAUGAAUUUCCGUAUUUUUAUUCGUCAUGAUUGGCAUCGAUUUCCCGCAAUAUAUUGACGAUAAUUUUUAUAUUUUUAGCUCAUGUUUUUUUUCUCCAACUAUACAAAUCAAAGUUCAAUUGUUCGGCUAUAUUUGGAUAUGCAUGUAGAAGGAACUUUUUUUUACCGCUUGCAUCUGAACUUUGAUCACUUAGCGCAUGAAUCAGUUUUAAACGUUUUAUUUUGAAACCGUGAUUGUACGUAAUAAACUUUUUUAUUUACACAACUGAAAUGAUUUUUUUGCGCACUUCUUUGCACGAUUUUAUCAUCAGCUGUAAUAAUACGCCAGUGAAAGUCAUUGUCAUUCUAGAACAUCAUAUAAGGUUUAAUAUAAUUUUAUUAAAAAUAAUUUGAAUUUUUUAACUUUUCGCUGAAAAAAUCAUACAUGCCAUAGAUAUCUGUCUUCUCCAUGAAUUCAGAACGCGUAUUGAUAUUCUAUUUUAAACGAUUCGGAAGUGUUGUUAUUUUGAUCUAGUUGCGUCACGUCUUUCAUGCAUAAUUAAAAGGGUUGAACCAGAAAUGCACUUCCGUCAUCGAAUUUAGCCAAAACUUUUUCCAUUUUUUCGAAUGGCGUCAUAAUAGUGUAUUUUAGAUAUUCUUUAUGAGAGUGUAAAUUCUAUCUAAAAUAGUUAGAAAUCAUAGUAAACUUAUUAGUAUAGUAGUAUAGUAAACGCAAUUAUUUUUAACGAUGUAUGACGCUUCUUGUCAAACUUUAACAAGCUUUUCAAAUUUGUACAAGAGCCAGCUGCAUAUGAACUUCCGCAUUUUCUUUGAUAAUUAGUUAAAAAGAGGUAACACGUUUUCCAAACAAAUAAUCUCAAACUUAAAUCUUUCAAAAACAGGCUUGGUUGACGAAAAAAUUGCUUCAAUUCGUUGUGAAUCUCCGGCUUAAUUUUCCUCUCUGAUCAUAUAGUCAUCAACAUUAUACAUUGCGUCAUACUCGAGUUACAUAAUUUUAUCAAUUGAAUUUUUUCCAUAAAAAUCCCAACUGAUGGACGCGCAAUACUGAUACUUAUACAAUGCAGACGACUCCGCGACGUUUAUUGCCAAUGUAUUUACUUUGUGUAUUAUUCCUCGAUUCGAAGUCAAAACAUUACGCUCCAUUAGCUUUGUUAUUUUCUUCUUGCUUCGGUAAAAAGAUAGAUCUAACCUAUCAGCGUUCCUGAAAAAGUGCAUAUCAAAAAGCAUCAAAAAUGGAUGUUAUGCUUCAUAAUCACAAGGCAAAGAACGUGUGCGACAUUCCCGACGGACUUCGUGAACUCUGCGCAGAUAUUUCCAGAGAGGUAAUUAGAUCACAGCCGAUGGAUAUCUACGAUUUCAUAGCAAAUUAUCUGGAUACCCUGAUGGUCACGCGCGAAAACGCCAAAGUCGCCAUGAAAGUAGUCCAGAACAUAAUGCUGAAAAGCGAACAGAUCGUCGAGAUCUUAAGUGGCACUGGUCUCAAGCUAAAGGAAAUCGCCGCGGCGGCCCCGCGACUACAAAAGGCGUUUAGAGCUUAUUUAGACGCCGUCGACGGCCAGAGGAAGGAGUGCGGUUGCGAUGAUGACAGCGACAUUGACGAUGAGUGUGAGAUAUCGAUUUGUCGAAUUUUAAAAGAAACUGGAGCGACGUUCGAGGAGGCUCAUUGCGCCGCGAUCAAAAUACAAGCUCUGUUUAGAGGUCACUACGAAAGAAUGUCGCUCGCUGAAAAAAGAGGUGAAGUUCAAUGGCAAAGAGCAGCUGUGAACACUAUGGAAAUUUUACGAAAGUCCGGAGUCUCUCGAAGUGAAGCAUCGCACGCCGCCGUAACUAUCCAAGCUGCUUAUCGAGGAUAUUACACGAGGAAAAAUCUGCAAAUGAAUAAAUGUAAACUUUCAGAAAAUUAUUCCAAGCACGUGACGUCAGAGUGUAUUUUACUAAUUUUCGUACCUGGUUGCAUAGAUCUCCAAGAGAAGGAAGGUCACACGGAUUUAGAUGAUCAAAUAGACAUGUCGGCUUGGCUUGACAUGAUGUUUGAAAACCACGGGCUGACGGUCGAACGAGCAAACGAGGCUGCGAUCAUUAUACAGACCGCCUACAGGAGGUAUCGAGAAAGAAAACAUCCGCGAAGCGAAUUUACGAGUUCAUCCAAGAUUUCCAGCUCGAUCGAGCGAGAGAAGCUUGACUCGUUGGAUGAAGUUGUCAUCAGCGCUUCAAAAGAGUCAGAUCGGAAGCAGGAAAAAAUCGGUCAGCUUCAGACAGAAUCGUCUGAUGAUGACGAUUCCGAGAUCGGGAUCAGAGCUGUGAAAUUCCCGUCGACUAUUUCGGGACAUUCCGAGGAUAGUACGGAAAUUCGCGAGGCAAGUUUUGAAAACGAUGACCAAACCUUAACAUUGAUCGAAGCACUAGAAGAGGAGGAACUUAAAAAAGACGACGGAAAAGAAGAGAUUGAAAAAGUUCCAUCAACAAGCGAUUCAGCUGGAAAAAUUCGUUUCGCUGAUCAGGAAGAGCACGAAGAUGAGAAUCACACCGUUGAAGAUACAGUUGAAGACGAAGUUGAAAAUGAACAAACUGAAACUUGAUAACUUCCAUAAAGAGAUAGAAAAAUUAUUUUAAAGGAUCUAUACUUGAUUCGUCGCGUGACACUUGUAAAGAUUUAUAAAAAUAAAUUAAU